GUUCUAAAUUCCAGUCAUGUACUCUAACUGAGCGAACCCCUCAGUUUACGGGUGAAAAAACUGGAACCAGCAAGGGAAGUUGCUUGUCCUUUGUCACCGGCCAAAAGCCUGACUUUCAAUCCAAUAGCUCUUUCCACCUACUACGGAGUAUGAUGUGUCCGGCAGGAGCAUCACUGUGUAUGGCAGGGGCUAGUACUGCUAUAAAGGAAAGCUAGGCAGCAGGAACACCUGUAUCAUAUUCGUUUUUCUAUCCUCAGGACCUAAUAAGCACUCACAGGACAUAAUCUCUUGCCAAAUGCUUAUUGAACGAAAGCUCUGGCAGACCCAGCACCACUGUCCCUAAAAAGUCUAAGGGGAAAUGUGGGUAGGACAAGUGUAGAAACAGUUUACUUUAGUAGCUGGGGUGAAUCUCAAACUCCUCAUAUAUCUGGUUUCAAUUUCUUCUAGGCUUCAGUCCAGGCCCUGAAUGGCUGGUCUCCAGUUGGUGCCACCUCUGCCUGUGGGCGUUAUGCUCCCAUAUAAUAAAAUAGAAGCUCCAGGGCUGCACUCAGCCAAGCAAGACCCCUGUGAAAAAGGUGACUCUUGCCAGCGGUCCUCGAUGGGGCACCUGAGGAACAAUUUCCAGCAGAAGCUUUUGAGCAACAAAGAGCUGACAGUGGAUAAUCUCUAUACUCACCCCAAAUGGAACACCUGCACAGAAGCCCAGAGCCACACCUAUCCCCACUGUGCUGGAAUCAGCCAGCAAGAUUCAGGAAGCAAUACCCAGGGCCAAACAAAGUGUUUGUUUUACUCAUCAAGCCAUCAGUCCCGGUAUCCCAAAGCAAAUAACCAGGACUUCAUCCCCUUUACAAAGAAGCGAGUUGGGGUAGACCGGGCAUACCCACUGAAGCCCGUGUUCCAUCGGAAGUCUCGUAGUACAGGUGAGGCUGGCACUGAUGGGGACCAGAAUGUCUCUCCACGACCCCCUGAGCCAAGAGAGUUUUCAUACAGCAGCUUUGAUUCAAGAAACUGGGUGAACGCAUCUGUGGCUGGCACUGUUGCUGCCAUGCAGGGGGAGAGGGCCAUGGCAAACCUCAACAGGACUUUGUGGCUGCAGAUCCAAAGACUAGAGGCUGCAGGAGAGAGCUUAGAGGAGGAAAUCCGAAGAAAAGAGACCCUCCUGAGGCAAAAGCUGAAGAAGACAGAGGAGGAACUCAGAAGGAUUCAAAAGGAAAAGGAACAGACAGAGGAAAAUGAAAAAGGAGAGCUACAGAGAAAGACACUCCCCAGGAGAAGAGUCAAAGGUAAUAGCAACACCACAUACAAACCUCUCUUCUCCCCAGAAUUCGGGUCUGAGGGGGUCUUCAGUAGAGACAGGGGAGAGGAUGAAACUUGGGUAUGGUCUCAAGAAAAUUCUAGUCCAUUCCAGUUCUCUGAUUAUGGACUACAGAAGCUCAAAAGAGAAAGACUGGGGGCAAGCAAUAACAAAAUCCGAGACCGAGUCUCAGGGCCAUUGAAGGCGAAGUUUUCUCAGCCUUCAGAAGUGCCAGGCAGUGCUUUGCAGGGAUCCACCAGCAAUUCUAGCUUGCCCGGGGCACCAGACUCCUCAGGUCCCAGCUGUCCCACUGAAGAGCCAGAACUCGGCGAGUGCAGCCACUGUGGACGCAAGUUUCUCUUGGUCAGGCUGGAGAGACACUCCAAUGUUUGCCGCAGGAUGCAGAGUUCCAAGAGGAAAGUGUUUGACUCAUCCAGGGCCCGGGCUAAGGGCACAGAACUAGAGCAGUACUUGAACUGGAAGGGACCAGCCUCAGUCAAGGCUGAACUCCCUCAGAAGAGCAACUGGAGACAGAAGCACGAAUCUUUCAUCUGUACCCUCCGUCAGGCUCGAGAGGUCCAGCAGGUAAUUGCCAGGCAAGGUGGAAAUCCCUCAGACUUGCCUCCCAUCCUGCCUGCAGAAAAUCCAGACUACAUUCAGUGUCCUCACUGUAGCCGCCACUUUGCUCCCAAGGUGGCCGAGCGGCACAUUCACAAGUGUAAGACCAUCAAGAACCGUCCUCCGCCUCCAAGGAAGCAUUACAGUUGAGCAAACAACAGUGGAAAUCUCUGUAGUUCCAAAGGCUCUGCUUCCCUUCAGCAGUAAAUAGGAAUAGAACAAUUUGAUGCAAAGCAGAAAGAACUAAAACUUUUACAGCUCCCAGAUCUGCCUGCAGAGCUGAAAUCAGUGAGGAGAGACCCCUUGCCAAGCAGCAGAAGGCAGCAGGAAGCCUCAGCUUCCCACUAAAUUACCACCUCAGGCUGGCGUGCCUUAUGUUAUUGCCCUAAGGACUGAUGAGUGAAGACACUUAAGAGUAGCAAGCAGGCUACAUUAAAGCUCUCUUCUCAUAAGCCCGACUUGUGGUUUGUGUUAGUUAAGUGACUCCAUUUGCUGUGCCUUCUUGCCACUGCCUCUGCGUAUAUGUCUGUGGUUCCUGUUAACUCUUCUUGCUCUUGCGUAAAGCUGGCUCAUUAGGAUGAGUUGGUGUCAGAGGAUCAUGGUCACCCGGAUGGUAUCUUACAAAAGAUAAUACGAUUUUGCUGAAAGGAAAAUAGAAUUCUGUCCUUAACCUCCCUGGUGCAUGGUCCUGGCCAAAGGCCAAUAGAAGUAUGUAAGGUUAGGGUGCCAGAACAUCCUAAACCCUCCCUGUGGUGUACUGUGUAAUAAAGGGGACCUCAUCUUGAUGUACUUUACAAGGUAGGGAUGGGAGAAAGCACAUUGUCUCAAUAGUUGUUCUUUUCUAAUGGAUUUCAUAUGUCAAAAAAAAAAAAAAAAGGAAGGAAGGAAGAAACUUGUUUCAGCUAUUGCUAGCACUUUGCUUUCAAAUCAGGCUGGUUGGAUGGUUUUUAAAUGAGACAGAAAAAUCUACCAUCCAAGCAAGCUGGGACACUCCAGUGUCACACGUCCCUGCCAAUUAUACCACAAUAAACUAAACUUUGAAGGAAAAGGUACCAGAUAUUUUUAAUUUUCUCUGUGCGGAAUCAUGCCUAGUGCAAGUAACCUUCAUAAUUAGGCCCUCAAUAAAUGGGUUUUGGGGAUUUAAAAUUAAACAAGUAAUAAAAUGAGUGAGUCCUAGACUUGUCAAAUGGGAGAAGUGAUAAGGUAUUGUCUGAUGGGGGUAAUAUCAGUUCAGAUAGGAUGAAGCUAGCACGAAAGAUCUGAAAUACUAGGAUUUUUGUCCUGAGAGCAUCACUCAAAUUGUUAGUUUAAAAUACAGAGAAAAAUCACCCAACCUGACCUGGGCAAGCGGGACUGGGCAGACAACAAAACCAUAUUUUACUAAACAACAAAUGGCCAUUCACUCUUGUUCCAUUUCCUCUGUAGCUUCUGCUGAGUGGCUGUGCUAACAGAUCAGACCAAUUUAAACUGUGAGUUUAAGGUCUUAGCUGUGAAGCUGCAGGACACUAGGCUGAAAAAAAAUUAUUUUUUUGUGUGAGGAAGAUCAGCCCUGAGAUAGCAUCCAUGCCAAUCCUCCUCUUUUGCUGAGGAAGAGUGGCCCUGGGCUAACAUCCGUGCCCAUCUUCCUCCACUUUAUGUGGGACGCCGCCACAGUGUGGCCUGACAAGCGGUGUGUUGGUGCGUGCCCGGGAUCUGAACCCGGGCAGCCAGCAGCAGAGCGCACGCACUUAACUGCUAUGCCACAGGCCGGCCCCCUGAAAAAAUUUAUGUAUUUAAAAAACAGCAUACAUUGUAUUGCUUUAUGCUCUUCUUAAUUGUUGCAAAGAAAAAGAGUUAUCACAUAAUGGGGCUUUUGGUUGGCCACUUACAGAAACCUCAUAUAGAGACGCUGGAUAUUUAACCCAAUAUAUACAUUCCCCAGGCAAGCUUAAUGAGGUAUACACUUGAAGUUUCACAAUGAUGGUAGAAGCAACAGAUGACAAGAAUGAGCUGUGGCCAAGGUCACAAAGUGGUAGCCUGUGGACUGCUUUGCCCCUCAGAUAUGUUUCAUUUGGCUGGCACUGCAUUAAAAUAUAAUUUGACAUUUAAAAAUUGGGAUACGGAGCGUGUCUUAAAAAACUGAAAGUUCUGGAAGCACCGGGCCAGCAACCCUGCAUAGCACCGAGUGAGGUUCCGAAUCGGUUGCUCCUGCAGACAGGACAGAGCACUGAGAUCACCACAGCCCCACCUGGCCUGCUUCACUUAUUUGCCUUCUCUGCCUGGCCCCAUAGGCACUUGGGUUUGGGAUCCCUGGAUGAUGUUAUUAAGGUCAGAGAUCAGAGCCCUCCAGGGAGAACAAAUGUGUGUGGAAAGAGUGCUUUCUAUAGACACAGGAAGCAGUUAUUCACUUAUGUUGCUAAAGAAAUAAAACAAUAGUCAAUGCCUUAGUGUUCCCUUUGAUUUCAACAUGUUUAGGCCUUGAUUAUAUUAGGAAUAUAUUAGUCUUUUAUUUAUUUUUCUUUGUGAGGAAGAUCAGCCCUGAGCUAACAUCCAUGCCAAUCCUCCUCUUUUUGCUGAGGAAGACCGGCCCUGAGCUAACAUCUAUUGCCAAUCCUCCUCCUUUUUUUCCCAUUUUUCUCCCCAAAGCCCCAGUAGAUAGUUGCAUGUCGUAGUUGCACAUCCUGCUAGUUGCUGUAUGUGGGAUGCUGCCUCAGCAUGGCCGGUGCGUCGGUGCGUGCCCGGGAUCCAAACCCGCGCCGCCAGCAGCGGAGCACACGCACCUAACAGCUAAGCCCCAGGGCCGGCCCCUAUAUUAGUCUUUUAAAUUCAGCUUGAUCUGACCUUUGGGAAGAGGUAAGAACCCUUGUUUUUAUCUCUAAGUCUCUUCCUGGAUAGGAGAGGAUGAUAGUGGAUAAAUAAACGCUGCUUGUUAAUGUCCAUGUGUUACAUUACUUUAUCCAACAACCUCUAGUGCAAGUAAAUGUUAUAAAUUUUAAAGUUCAAAAGGUUACGCAAUGGGAAAAAUUUCAUGGUGAAACUCACUUCAUUUAAGUGUGUGCAGACGUGCUGAGAUAGUAUUUCUUAACAGCAGUGUACUCAAUGCAGCACAGUACCUUUUGGCCAACAUUUGCUUUUGGGAAUCAAUUUAUCAUUCUUCACGGCUACACAGGAGGUAGCAGAGACAUGAUGUAGUGUUUUUCUUCCUAAUGUUCAUGAUUCUGUGAGGGUUAGUGAUCAGCAUGUUUAUUUCCAUAGUUCAUCACUGGAGUAAUAAAUGAUUCCUGGCUUUGCGGGAGGAAGGAACAUGUUUUGUAGUCCUGACUACAGCCCAUUCUGCCCUGACAUUAUCAUGAAUAAUACUUCUUUGGAGGCCCAGGGAUACUCAUUUCAACGAAUUUAUUUAAUACAUCCUUGCUCCCAGAAUUGUUCUUUCUAUUAUGAAUGUUUCCAAAUACAUGGCAAAUCAAAUGAAAUGUGAGUUUAAGGCUGCUUUUGCUUUAAACUUUAGUGAAAUGCCCAGCCAAGAGAAGUUAUAACUUGGCUGUGCUAUGCCAGAGAGACCAAAUACAGUUCAAGCUCUUUGAGGGGAAAACAGUUUUAUAAACAUAAACUGGUAUUAUCACUUGAAAAAGCCCACUGAGAUUGAGGAGGUAAGUACAAGAAGUGAUCCUUCCUCUUUUAAUGGCUCAUUUUUUAAUCCCUCUGCACUUUUAAGCACUAUAUUUUAAAAAUUUGAAGGAAAAGUUGUAGAAGCAGAAAUGAUUCUGUUAGCAAGAAAAAAAUUGGAAAGAAGCAAAGAUUAUUUCUGGUGCAAAUGUCCCUUGCGUUGUCUCUGUUACAAGAACAUUUAUUUAUUUAUAUAAAGACUCAUUGAAUCAGAU